CCAACAGCAAGUUUAACGUUAUAUGAGACACGACAGCACUCAGCUUCGUGUGCUUGUGAAGAAAGAGCGAAUCGAACCUGGCACUGAAUGAUAGUGCAACUUACUACAACCUAUUCAGAGCCCGUUGGUCCCUUCACUGAUCGACUGAAAUAGGGAUGUUGUCCAUUCUUCACAAGAACGACAAAAGGCUCACCAUUGCUCUAUUAGUGGGCGCAAGUGUCUUGGCAACGAUUACUUUAUCUCUCAUAAUUCUGAUCAGCAUAUUUGAUGGCAUCUUUCUCAAGAUUUUGAUUAGACACUUGUCACUGCUUCCUGGUUCAACUAUACUUAAUGCUUGGCUAUCAUCUACAAAAGGCGAACUGACUAGUUUCUACAUAUUUAACAUCACCAAUGAAAAGGAAGUAUUGUCGGGGGAUGCACCUCAACUUCAAGAGAUUGGACCUUUCGUUUACAGACGUACUCAGAUUUUUUCGGACGUCACCUUUUCAUCGGAACAACCACCGAAAUUGCUGCAUUACAAUCGGACUACCCUGUAUCAUUUUGUUCCUGAGUUAUCAGCCCCUGGCUCAAUGGAAUCAAAUAUCAUUACGCCCUGUCUACUUCAUGUGAAAAAUAUCUUGAAUGGCAGAUGGUCCUGGAGUUCCCUCUUAUCAAACACCAAACCGUUCAUUCGUCUUACUCCUCAUGAGGUCAUCUGGGGCUAUCCAUUUUAUGGCAAUGAGGUUGGUGUCAUGGGCUCGACAAACAAUUCCGUUAGCACAUUCAGCGUAGACACGGGGGCAUAUGAAAUUGCGGAGGUUGGACGAGUACGAUCAUGGAACGGAAUAAAAAAAAUGACAAGCUGGGAGCAAGAGGAAUCAAAUAUCAUUGACGGCACAAGUAAGAAUGACAAACUUUUUUCUUUAGGCGAACAAGUAUUUUCUUUCAAUUCAGAAGUAUAUACUAUGGUCAAUACUUACUAUUACCGAGAGGUUUAA